AAACGGGAUGCGGUUACUAUGACAACCAAAUAUAAAUUGAAUUAUAUCUGGAGACAAAACGGACACAACGUAACUUUGUUGAAGUAAAAACAUGAAAACGUCUUUUAUUCGGAUUUCUAGCUAUGUUGGCUUAUCAUAAAUAAAAAGUGGACUUUUCUUGGACAGUUUGUAAAAAGUUUCGGAUCAAUAUUUGUUUUAUUUAUAAAAUAAUUCAAUCAUAGAAUUACACAAACAAUCAAACAAAUAUUAUUGGAUUAGUAAUUUGUCUAGAACAGAGGGAUUAUACACUUGUGAAACAGACACAAACGGAGAGUACCGAAAGUAUCACACCUGUUUUGGCUAAUUGACUUAGCAAGAGGCAAACUGUCGCGAAAACUGUGAUCGCCAGAGAUGAUCUUGACAUACAGGUGAAUGCCUACUGUCUCACUAUCACAUUCGUGCCCUCAUAUAAUUAGGCGUAUCUGACACAGGAGCGAGACUUAAUAAACAAGAACUUAGAGAAGAAAUUAGAAGCAAUUAUUUUUUGUAUAGAUCGGAUAAAAUUGGUGUAUCCUAUUAACAAGGAAUAUUAACAAAAACUAAUAGGACGAUAUUCUUUACUCUUUAUUGACACAUAAAAUAAACUUACAUAUUACGAAAGGAUAAAUUAAAUAAUAUUUAUUUCGAUAAAAAUACAAACUGAUCAAGAAUUUGGAAAAAAUGAUUCAAAUGAAUUACAGUUGUUUAUGAUGAUGGUGUGGACAUAUUUGGAUAACUUAACACUAAGAUUGGAUUAUAAGAUAUCAUCGUAGUUUCUCAACUUAUUAAAAUAAAAGACGAAGUAGUUAAUUAAUAAAGUAAUUAAAUUACUAAAAUGGCAAAAUCACCGACAGUAGAGGAAAUGUAUCACAGGACAGAGGAGGAUAGCAUCGGCUUCACAACUUUACUAAAGUAUGAGAACCUUCACAAUGCGGAGUCUAUGGACAUGACGCCGGAUGAAUCUCCCAAACGAUUUUCUGAGGGUAGCAGCGAUGAUACUCACGUGUGUUUUGCCUGUGGUGACGUCAUUACAGAACGCUUCUUACUUAAAGUAAAUGACAGAUCUUGGCAUUCGGGGUGUCUCAGAUGCUGUAUGUGCCAUGCUGAACUAGACCGACAAACUAGUUGUUUUAUAAAAGCUGAUAAUGUAUAUUGUAAAGGAGACUAUACGCGACAAUUCGGUACAAAAUGCGCCAAAUGUUUACGGACAAUACAGUCUAACGACUGGGUUAGACGAGCAAAGGACAACGUGUACCACCUCGCUUGUUUCGCAUGUGAUAGCUGUAAACGGCAAUUAUCUACAGGGGAGGAGUUUGCACUGCAAGAUAACAAAGUUCUCUGUAAAACACAUUAUGUCGAGUUAUUAGAGGGAGGAUCGACUCUAGAUUCAGAAUCGAGCCAGCGAAAGUCUAAACGGGUAAGGACAACGUUCACCGAAGAACAAGUACAAGUACUCCAAGCUAACUUCCAACUCGACUCCAAUCCCGAUGGCCAGGACUUAGAACGAAUAGCACAAAUUACAGGACUUAGCAAACGUGUAACUCAAGUCUGGUUUCAGAACUCGAGAGCACGCCAGAAAAAAUACCAAAAUUUAAAAAAUACAUCAAACAAUAGUCAUACAUCACGUGGUCACGGGGGUCCAGGUAGUCCGAUGAGUGGCAUACAUGGGUGUAAUAGUUACAGCUGCAGCGAUAUAGACUCAUCACCAGGUGAUUGGGAUUCGUCUCUAGGGACAGACGAGUGUGUAAUUAACUACUCAAUGUGAGCUUGCCAUAAUCUUACUAAAACAACGUAAGCUUGUCAUAUCAUUGCUUCAUCAACGUGAGCUUGCCGAUUACAUAACUAUGUGAACAAGAGUUUUUCAUAACCCUACUACGUUAACGUGAGCUUGCCGUAACCUAGCUAAGUCAACGUGAAGUUGCCAUAACCUUUCUACGUCAACGUGAAGUUGCCAUAACCUUUCUACGUCAACGUGAAGCUGUCAUGACCUAACUUCGUCAAAGUGUGCUUGCCAUAAACUCACUACGUCGACCUAACUUAUGUCAUUCAAACGUUUAAGCACGAGCAAUAACUUUACUCCAGUACUCGGUGACACUCUCUUGCUCUGACUCUUUGGCAUAUUUACGCAUUCUAUGUCAGCCGGCCAAACACAUAACAAGGUAGGCAUUGACCUGUCUCAUAACUGUACGCUAACUACAUCAAAGCAAAACAGAACAAAUUAGGAACAUUUUUACUACCACCUCAGAGCCUUUACGCCAUUUUCACGCAUACAACGUCAACAAGAAAAAGGAUUCCAGGGAGUUUGCUAUGAUAUCACGUUUACGUAUAUUAUUUACGUCACAACUACACAAGCACGCCAGAGCAAGACAUAAUCACGCAAACAUUUGAGAUUGCAACUAUGUCAUCUUGAUACGGCAUUGUUUAAGUAUAAGAAUAAUAGAGAGGUUGUCAUAACGUCUCAUCACGUCACUGCUACGUAAGUGUUAUACGUGCCAUUGUGGAAACUAUCACAUAAUGACGUUUAUUUGAAUUCUGUGUUUUAUAUACAACAAAAUUAUUUCAAAAGACCAAAAUUAAACCACGGCUGCAUCGAAAUGCCAUAAUUGAAAAAGUUGACAAAAACACUCAAGUUGGCCUUUACACGAAUCAAGAUGCCUCUGAUGAAAUAAACAUUUAUUUCAGUUGGACAAUAUGUGAAUUCAUAUAC